GCCAAUGUGGCAGCAUCACUAUUUGCACUACAAACUCCCCCAUCCCCGGCACAAAACUAAACCGAAAAUCAUUACAUGAAUGAUGAACAGACAACAAAGUCAAAGUAGCUUAGCCCCAAGCAGAACAUCAAUGUAUGGAGAAGUAACUAAGUAGACUCUUUGGCCCUGAUAUAUGUAACAUUGCAAGACUCUUCCAGGCCCAAACAAAAAACAAAUCAAAUAAUAAAUCAUGAAUCCUUACCUACGCUCUAUGCUCUACUGGAUCUUCACAUUGAUAACAUUUCCUUUCAUGACGCUGGUGGAUGCCAUUUUUUAUUUAAUCUAUUCUGGUUCAAAGAAGAAAGUCUCUAGAGUUGAAGACCCAAUAUUGUUGACACCAGCCAAUGAAAUUGCACAGAAAAUUCGAAACAGAGAGUGGAAAGCUGAAGAUGUCAUGUCUGCGUUCAUUAUCAGGGCCAAAGAAGUGAAUCCUCUCGUGAAUGCUGUUGUAGGCGAACGCUAUGAUUUAGCUUUACGAGAGGCUCGAAACCUGGACUGCACCUUAGACUCCAUGACACCUGAACAACGAAAUGCAGAGUUCUCUGAAGAAAAGAAGCCAUUUCUUGGAGUUCCUUUGUCAGUGAAAGAAGCAUUUUAUUGGAAAGGUAUGGCCAACACAUCUGGACUAACAGCUCGAAGACAUAUACAAGCUAGUGAGGAUGCUCCAGUUUUGAUCAACUUGCGAAAUGCUGGUGCCAUCCCGUUCAUUCAGACAAAUAUAAGUGAAGUGUGCAUGUGGUUUGAAUCCUCCAACUAUGUUUAUGGUACUACUAACAAUGCCUAUGAUGUAAGACGUAUGGUAGGAGGCAGUUCAGGCGGUGAAGGCUGUAUCAUAUCAACAGGAGCAUCUGUUUUUGGUGUUGGCUCAGAUAUUGGGGGAAGCAUACGCAUGCCCUGCUUUUUUAAUGGCAUAUUUGGACACAAACCUACAGGAGGCAUUGUUGAAAACAGAGGUCAAUAUCCAAUUGCUAGUGAGAAAGCCAAAGAUUUAUUAUCAACAGGUCCCAUGUGUCGCUAUGCCAGUGACCUCAUUCCAAUGUUAAAGGUUAUGGCAGGGCCUGAGAAGGUUGCUAACUUGAAGCUUGAUGUCAAGGUUGAAAUAUCCAAACUGAGGGUUAUAUCUGUACCUGAUGAUAGCGGCUCACUCAUGGUUAGCAAAGUGGAGAAGGAACUUGUGGAAAUACAAAGAAAGGUUAUGGAAUUUUUUAAGAAAGAAAGGGCGGAAGUGCAUGAGAAACGCAUCAGAAAGUUUCGUUACAGUUUAGAAUUCUGGACUGGGAGAAUGAAUCUGGCUGAUGACGGUCCUAAAUUUGCUAAUUUAAUGUCUGGUCGUGAAGCGGGUCAUGUCAACUGUUUUCUGGAGCUCCUGAAAAAGUUUGUAUGUUUGUCUGAGCACACCCUUCCAGCCAUAGCCCUGGGACUUUUUGACGACGUUCUGCCCAAGCUGACUGUUAAAAAUGAUUUGAAAGCUGUUGAAGUGUUAAAGGUUUUAAAACAAGAAUUACUAGCAAUGAUGGGUGAUGAUGGGGUGCUAUUGUAUCCGUCUCACCCAAAAUUGGCCCCUUAUCAUUCCCAUCCAAUCUUCACUCCCUUUAACUUUGCCUACACUGGACUAUUUAAUGCACUUGGUUUUCCAGUGACCCAGUGCCCACUUGGCUUGUCCAAAGAUGGACGUCCACUGGGUGUCCAGGUAGUAACUACUCCAUUCAAUGACCAUCUAAGUUUGGCUGUGGCUCGCACCCUUGAGAAACAUUUUGGUGGCUGGGCUAACUUUUGAUUUUCUGACCAUCAAAAUUUCAAAUAGGGUGAAAAAAAACUAAAAACUGACAUGCAUUGAAGAAAUUGGGCUUAUACAUUGUAAACAUUGCUUCAAUAACAGGUAUUUCUAAACCAUAGUUCAUAAACGUAACAAGAUUUUAUUUAGUAAGAAAGCAAGCAAUUAAGAAUAACAAAAAAUCUAAAACAUUUUUACUUGUUCUGCCAAAUGGGUCUAAUAGAAAUUCAUCUUCAAGUUUUAUAUUAAUUUCAAAGAGAAAUAGGGUACAAAUUUUGUUUAUACACAUGUAGACUGCUUUUUAUCACCUUUGUAUGGACUUCAAGAUAAAUGAAAAAAAAAAGAAAUAAUUAAAGAAAUAAUACAAACAUAAUUGGAUUUAUCUUGAAAGACAGCAUAUUUCCAUAAAUUUUGUCACCACAAAGGAUUUAUUAAAAAUGGUGUUUGUAAUCUUCAAUUAGUCAGGGAAAAUUAUUUGAAUUUCAUUUGCCAAUAGAGAAACAUUUUGAGUGUGUUAAUUUUUUUAAAGUAAUGUUAGCAAAUUAAGCUUUUGAUUCCAUGUAGUUCAUGAAGUUACAUCAUAGAUCAGUUGCAGAAACAUCAGUGGCACUGGGCAUGGAACUGAAUAAAAAAACAGCAUUCUUUUGCUACGUUUAUGUGUGCUUAUGGUAAUGAAUGAAAUUAUUUAUCGUCAUUCUGACACAUAUGUGAUGCUUUGUAUUUGAGAAAGUAUUUGUUGACUUGUUUUUUUUGAUACCAUCUGUACAUUCUAUACACUUUAUCUACUUUAUAUUGCAUUAACCCUUGAUUUUAUUUCGUUAACGAUUUGUGUUUGAAAAGAAAAUUAAAUUUGAUUAUAUUAGGUCUUAUCAAUAGAACUUGACAUUUUAGUAGGUAUACUCCAGUUUUUUUUAGCAAUAAUUUUUUGUUCAUUUAUGGGUUGUCUUUACUUUACUACUGGUUAUAUGAUUUAUAUAUACUCUUGAUUAGAUGUUUUGUGGUUGCAAGAAUAUUUUUUAAACCUUGUCUAUAUUAAUUUUUUUUAUUCAAUAUAUUUUAUACUAAGACAUUUUUUCCUCCAUCUGAGCAAGUGUCUAACCUAGCUUUUCUUUUUGUAAACAUCUAAUUAUACUGUUAGCGUUCAAAUAUAAAUUUCAUUAUACAUUUAUUUUGUUCUCUAUUAUUAUUAAUAUACUUAUAACCAUAUAAUGACCACAUUAUGUUAUAGUAUACUGCCAUCAAUAAACAAUUCUGUUCAGAUUUUAUGUCUUGCACUUAAUUAAAGUAUUGAUUUUGUCUCAGUUUUAUCAUUUUGAAUGUUUGACAUUAUGUUAUUUCUCGAAAUAUUUAUUCAAGUCAUUGUUUCUGAGAAAUCCACUUUGUGUUUAAAUUUCUGAUGUUUUUUUUAGAGCUUGUGUUGUGUUUUUUUUUUACCUUUUCAAAGCCGAUUGAUUUAUUUCUUGAUUUUGUAUCAUACAUUUAUUUAAGCUUUGUAAAAAGUGGCAUUUUCUUUUCUUUAUUUCUAUUUUUUGGGCAAACCAUUCAUGUUUUUUUUUUUUAAAUAUUUAGUUUCAUUUUGUUUUUUUAAGAGUUAAUUUGUUUUUGUGGCUUAAAAUGUUUGUGGUAAGAAUUGAAGACCUAAAUUGGAAAGUACAUCCCCACUGAAUUUAGUGUUUUCUUUUUAUGUAGCCUACACAUUUGUUUGACUGACAUAGUGUUCUUCUUUUCCUGUUUACUUUUGUACAGAGAGGAAUACGAAGCAGGUCUUUCUAAUGGUCAAAGCGAAAAUGUCAAUUUAUUUAUUGAAGACUUAAGUUUUCUUUAUACACAGAUCAACUAAUGAACUGAUUCUCGUGAGUUGAUGCUUUAUUUCUACAACUACGAUAUCCAUCAAUGCUUAGUUUUUGUGUUGUUUUGGAUUUUUAUUGUUAUUUAUUGAUUUUGUUAAUUAGCAAGGCAGCAAUUAAAGAAGAAAAUAAAGACUGUUUGGUUGUUUCUAGUUGAUCUAAGAGUACAAUUAUUGCAAACUUCUCCCUUCAGACCCUAGGGCUCAUGAGCUAUAUAAUGGGAGGCUUAUUUAUUUCAACUAAUACAAAAAAAAAUUCCAAAUCUUUUUGGAUCAUAAAAUUUACUACCUCUGAGUUUGAUUAAUUUGCUGUUAUACCUCUUUGAUUCCCUUGUGAAGGUAACCAUUAAUUGGGUGAGUGUUGAAGAGAAACUCAUUUCUUCAUCUCAUCAUUGGUGUAACUCUUGUAUCAGGGACAAUAAUUGACCAAGUACAGUUAUUUAUCAUACACUAAUACAGGAUGAGGCAAACUUUCUAGUCUAAAAUAUUUUUGACGAUGACAAAAUACAUUUCAGUCAUACUAUUUAAAGAAUCAUUGUUGAAUCAUCUACAUCAAAAGUAUAUUUCAAUCUAUUUCAUAGUAUUAUACUUCAUGCAUAAUUCAGCAAACAAACUAUUUCAUAUUUGUUGCUAAAUAUCAGUUAUUUGUUCUCACAUCUAUGCUUCUUUUUCAUGGUUAUUAGUGGGAGUCUAUCUUAGUCUAGAUUUAACUUUUUUUUCUGGUGCCUGUAAUCUCAUCAAUAACUGAGACUGGAUUAGAUGGAACAAACAAUUUGUUCAUUUCCUAACUGUAUCACCUGUAUGUAUUAUUUCUCUCUAGAAACAUUGACAUGUUUGUGCUCUGGUAAAACCUCUUCUAAGAAAGAAGUUUAGUUUUUAAAAGGAGAGCCAUGAUGCAUUCCAUCUUUCACUGAACUAUAGAUUUAUGACAAGAGACGAACAAACGAGUGUAACCUUGUGUCUUGUUCAGGCUUUUGUUUCAUUGGUUAUUUGAAAUGUGCCUUGCAUAGGAAUCUUUUCAGCUUUUCUGUAACAUGCCUCCACCCAUGUUACAGUUGGUCUACUUUAUCUUGCCCUCUUCCCACAACCUUGUUCCACACAUUUCACACUUGAAUACAUUUGCCAUAUACUUUGUGUUGGUGUCAUUUCAUUACAUUCCCAUUUAUGUCUGGUUCAUUUCCAAGUUUGUUGAUAUUGAAAAUGACUUCCUCCAAACCUGGCAAACCCAUCAGUUAUCUAUAGACUUGUCUGAGAUUCAUUACUCAACUCACUGUAGUAGUCAGUUCAGUCCAGUGUAUUUGUAAUGUUGAUCUUCACUUAGUUUUAUAGUUGAUAAUACAAAGUCAUGUUACUAUUUAUUAUCUAUGUUAUUAUUUUGUUAUAUUGUACACAAGUGCUAGAAAAUAUGAAGUGGCAGGGGCAUAAAUAGAAUCAAACAAAAAAAAAAGGGGCAAUACACAACUAACAAUGUGUAAAGACUGCAAAGUAUUUCUUCAAUGAGACCAGACAUUUAGAUGCUAGUCAAGUGAAGUUGUACUGAAAUUACUUUAAACUGAUUUUGUUGAGUGUACAUGUGUAGUGCAAUGUGCAGAUUUGAAAACGAAUUCAUGUCAAUUAUUUUAUUCAUUUUUCAACUUUGACAAGUUCAAAUCACUCCUGCUAUACUUAAUUUUCAGCAAUACAAUUGAAAUGUGGCUAUCAUAAAAACUACACGCUGACCUGCUUUUAUAUAGAUGUAAAUUGCUCAUUUAUAUGUUCCAGCAACUGUUGUCAAUUGGUUUAUCUAGCCCUGCUUCUUCAACGCCUUUCCCUAAAUUAAUGUAAAAAAUGUUAAGAAAGUUUUAUGAUUAGUGCUGCGCUUACCAUGCUGUUAAAUUAGUUCUGCAAUAAUGUUUCUGUUCAUUCAAAUAAAACUAGAGUAAGAUCUCAGCCUCGGUUAGGAAAGCUAGUGUUACAGUAUUGUGAAAAGUCCCAGAGAUGUUCAUAUUAGAAACAGUAAUUCUGCAUUGUAAACUCUUGUCUCACCGGGCAAUGUUGUUGAGUAAAAUGAAUUAAGACAUGAAAUAAAAAUGUUUUCACAAA